AAUGAACUUUUGUAACGUUUCCACAGAGAAACCAAUAGGCUAACUGUGCUUGAAGAAACCUUAUAGAACUUAAGAUGUCACAUACUAAAAGAGCAUGGAAACUUCAGGAGUUUGUGGCCCAUGGUGCCAAUGUGAAUUGCCUUGCUAUAGGACACAAGUCCGGCCGGGUGAUGGUGACUGGAGGGGAAGACAGAAAGGUCAAUUUAUGGGCUGUAGGCAAGCCCAACUGUAUCAUGAGUCUGACGGGGCAUACAACUCCAGUAGAAGCAGUACGCUUUGGCCAUGAAGAGGAAAUUGUACUAGCAGGAUCAGUGUCAGGAGCCUUGAAAAUAUGGAACCUAGAAGAAGCAAAAAUAAUGAGAACACUUACUGGUCACAAUUCAAGCAUUAAGAGUCUGGACUUCCACCCAUUUGGAGACUAUGCUGCUUCAGGGUCUAUGGACUGCAAUAUAAAGUUAUGGGAUAUACGACGAAAGGGAUGCAUCUACACAUAUAAAGGUCACACAAACUACGUCAACUGUGUACGCUUUAGUCCUGAUGGCAAGUGGAUAGCUUCAGCCAGUGACGAUGGACUGGUGAAGAUAUGGGACAUCACAGCUGGUCGAAUGCUGACAGAGCUUUCAGAACACACAGGGCCUGUCAAUGUUGUAGAAUUUCACCCAAAUGAACUGUUGAUUGCCUCAGGCAGCUCGGACAGAACUGUAAAAUUUUGGGACUUAGAGACGUUUAAGAUGGUAUCAACAACAGACGGAGAUUCAACGCCUAUCAGACGGAUAUUUUUCCAUCCUGAGGGUCAAUGUAUGUUUAGUGGAGGUCGUGACACAAUGAAGGUUUAUGGAUGGGAACCUGCAAAGUGCUUUGACUCUAUCCCAAUGAGCUGGGGUGAGGUGGCAGAUAUAGGGGUGGCUCAGAACCAGCUGAUAUGUGCUUCGUUUAGUAAGACAAAUGUGUCCAGUUUUGUGGUAGAUUUACAGAGAGUGAAGCCUUGUGGCACUGUGCCUCAUUCUGAUAGUCCUCCCAGUCCUUCUAUAGGUGUGACGGCUCAUAAUCAGUCUAAGAGCAGUAGUGGUAGAAGGAGUUUCAUCACAGAACGACCUCCCACCUCAUCAACAAGACAGGCAAGUGUACCUAAAGAAGAGGCUGAAGAACCAACACAUGACAAGGAUGAUGGAUCAGAUGAAUCUGUUGCAGACAUACAGAACCCCAAAGACUACCAGAGCAUAUUCCAAACAAAGUCCAAGAUCUCACGCUCUCCCACUAGGCAGUCACCCUUCAUGCCACCUCCUGAGGAUGGUCAACCCGAUGUAUUCCCUGUACAUCAGCCAGCUCCUACUCCAGCCCCAGCCACACAGCGGACAAAGCCAGUCUCCAAGACUACCAGCAAACCAAGUACUGUUUCCAAAACACCAAGUGCAACUCCAGUUGUCAAACCUCAAGUGUCUAAUUCUACUCCAAAGCCUAACCCAACACCAGUACCACCACCAAAAGAGCCUGAUCCUGUACCUGGAAUUGCUGCAGAAGACUUCUUACCUAAAAAUGGCUCGGCAGCAAGUGGAGAGCCCGAUGAGGACACUGUUAUUGGUGCUGUUUCCAAAGGACAUGGUGCAAUGGCACAAGUGAUGUCAAGUCGCAGUAAAAACAUACAGAUUGUGAGAGCUAUGUGGACCAGUGGAAAUACCAAGACUGCUGUCGACUCUGCCAUUAGUAUGAAUGACCUAGCUGUAUUAGCAGAUUUAUUUAAUGUUCUUAACCUCAAAUCGGGACUCUGGAGUCUAGAUCUAUGUGCUACCUUACUGCCUCACAUCAAAGAUUUGCUGAAGAGUAAAUAUGACAGUUAUGUUAUGACAGCCUGUAAUUCCUUAAAAAUUAUCCUGAGAAACUUCGGGCCUGUGAUUAAAUCAAAUCUAACUGCUCCCCCAUCAGUGGGUGUUGAUAUCUCACGAGAGGAGAGGUAUAGGAAGUGUAAUGCCGCAUAUAGUGUUAUUUUACAAAUUAGAAGUGACAUGGACAAGAGAAAGAACCUUCAGGGGAAAGUUGGCACUGUUUGGCGUGAACUACAAAUCCUUAUGAACAACUUGGAAUAG